CUUCCAGUUGGUCAGUGAAAAGCAAUCGGAGGUGACUCUCAGUUUUGGUUAAUCGGGAUGAAAUUUCUGCUGAAAAAAUGUCUGAGGAAAAAGGCGCCCGAAAUGAAGCCAGGCGCCAUACUGGAUGCGGUUAUAUCGCAGUCCUCGGCAACGGCCUGCAGAUGCCUGCUCUACAAGCUGGCCGACUACAAGAGAGGUGGGGAUCUGAUCGAUGCCAUCAAUACGGGCGGCUUGGUGGCCGUGGAGCAGCUGAUACGGGAGCAGUUCGGUGUCUUCAUGUACAACGAUGGCAAGGGCCAGGUGAUCAAUCGGGCCGAGUUCCUGCGCUGGAAGUAUCGAGAUCAUACGGAGGUGACAAUACCCAUUGAGGCAUCACUCUCCAUACACGAUCCGCUGGGCAAGUGGGAGGAUCACAAGGCCUGCUGGCAGAUGCAAUAUCGUGGCGCUCUUGGCGAGAGUCUGCUGCACGUGCUCAUCAUCUGCGACUCGAAGAUCCAUACGAAGCUGGCCCGAGUCCUGCUGCGCGUCUAUCCCAAUCUGGCCCUGGACGUGAUGGAGGGCGAGGAGUAUCUGGGCGCCAGUGCGCUGCAUCUAUCGAUUGCGUACAGCAACAACGAGCUGGUCGCCGAUCUGAUCGAGGCUGGGGCCGACAUCAAUCAGCGUGCCAUUGGCAGCUUCUUUCUGCCGCGCGACCAGCAGCGCAUGAAUCCGGCGAAGAGCACCGACUACGAGGGCCUCGCCUACAUGGGCGAGUAUCCACUGGCCUGGGCCGCGUGCUGUGCCAACGAGAGCGUCUACAAUCUGCUCGUCGACUGCGGCGCCGAUCCGGAUGCCCAGGACUCGUUCGGCAACAUGAUCCUCCAUAUGGUUGUCGUUUGCGACAAGCUGGACAUGUUCGGCUAUGCGCUGCGCCACCCGAAGACGCCGGCCAAGAACGGCAUUGUCAAUCAGACGGGCCUGACGCCCCUAACGCUCGCCUGCAAGCUGGGCCGUGCCGAGGUCUUUCGCGAAAUGUUGGAGCUGUCCGCCCGCGAGUUCUGGCGCUACAGCAACAUCACCUGCUCCGGCUAUCCGCUCAAUGCGCUGGACACCCUGCUGCCUGACGGACGCACCAACUGGAACUCGGCGCUGUUCAUCAUAUUGAACGGCACCAAGCCGGAGCAUCUGGACAUGCUGGACGGCGGCAUAAUACAGCGCCUGCUGGAGGAGAAAUGGAAAACUUUCGCACAGAAUCAAUUCCUAAAGCGUCUGCUCAUUCUGUCCACCCAUUUGCUCUGUCUGUCCGUAUCCGUUUACUUGCGUCCGGCACACGAUGGCGACGGCCUGGACGACGAGGACAAUGGCGAUGCCGCCGCCAUGGCGCAGCUAAAGGACGGCGCUCCAAUGGCGCCAACUGCGGCAGCGGAUGAGGAUGACUACAAUGCCCAGACUGUGGCGCGCUACUGCGCCGAGCUGGCGACCAUAGCGGGGGUGCUCAGCUAUGUGGUCUUCCAGCAGGGUGACGAGAUCAAGAAUCAGGGUCUAUCCGCAUUUCUUAAGCAGCUGUCACAUGCGCCAGCCAAGGCGAUAUUCUUGUUCUCGAACCUGUUGAUCCUGGCGUGCAUUCCGUUCCGUUUGAUCGGCGACACGGACACCGAGGAGGCGAUCCUGAUCUUUGCCGUGCCCGGCAGCUGGUUCCUGCUCAUGUUCUUUGCCGGCGCCAUACGCUUGACGGGUCCCUUUGUGACGAUGAUUUAUUCGAUGAUAACUGGCGAUAUGUUCACCUUUGGCAUUAUCUAUUCGAUCGUCCUCUGCGGCUUCUCGCAGGCGUUUUACUUCCUCUACAAGGGGCACCCGCAGGUGCAGUCGACCAUGUUCAACACCUACACCAGCACCUGGAUGGCCCUCUUCCAAACCACUCUCGGCGACUACAAUUAUCCGGAUCUGAACCAGACGACCUAUCCGAAUUUAUCGAAGACCGUUUUCGUCAUCUUCAUGAUAUUCGUGCCGAUCCUGUUGCUCAACAUGCUGAUCGCCAUGAUGGGCAACACGUAUGUGACGGUCAUUGAGCAGUCGGAGAAGGAGUGGAUGAAGCAGUGGGCCAAGAUUGUGGUCACCCUGGAGCGAGCAGUGCCGCAGUCGGAUGCCAAGGGCUAUCUGGAGGCGUACUCCAUACCGCUCGGUCCGGCUGACGAUACGGGCUUCGAGGUGCGCGGCGUGAUGGUUAUCAAGAGCAAGAGCAAAACGCGUGCCAAGCAGCGCAAAGGUGCCGUCUCCAACUGGAAGCGCGUGGGACGGGUCACGUUGACGGCGCUGAAGAAGCGUGGCAUGACAGGUGAGGAGAUGCGGCGAUUGAUGUGGGGCCGUGCCUCCAUAUCGAGUCCCGUCAAGGUGACCAAACAGAAGCUCAAGGAUCCGUACAAUCUGCACAAUGAAUCCGACUUCACCAAUGCCAUGGACAUGCUGACGUUUGCCAACAAUCCGGCUGCCAGCAAUGGAGUACCGUUGCGCAGCUCAACUGCUGGAGCAACUGCAACAGCGCCAGCAGUGGCUGCACCCGUGCCGGAUCCGUUCCGUGAGCUGAUCCUCAUGUCCGACCAGCGACCGGACACACAUGAUCCGCACUACUUUGCCGGACUGCAGCAGCUGGCCAACAAGGCGUUCGACCUGGUUGAGCAGACGCUCAAAACGCAGCCGCAGCUGACCAGGAAGCCAUCCGUGCCAGCAGCGGCUGUGGCAGCGCCAAUAGCAACUGCAGCCGGAGCCACAGCUGCUGCGCCGCCGCCACAGAAGGCGGCUGUGCCGGCGCCUGUACCCGCGCCCAUGGCCAGCAAUUUGACCAAUCUGUUCCAGGAUCCCAAGGAUAUUGUGGAUCCCAAGAAGCUGGAGGAGUUCAUGAACAUGCUCGCCGAGGUGGAGACGGAGGAGAGCGACAGCGGUGGCCCCAUCCUGGGCAAACUAUCGCUGGCCAAGCGCACCCACAACGCGCUCUCCAAGGCGGACAUUAAACGCUCACCCAACCACAAUGGAAAGACUUCGAUGUCCUCGGUGUGGAAUCAACAAAUGCCAGACAUGGAAACGCUGCCGGACUUUAACUUUGAUGAGGCGGUGGCUGAGGAAGUGUUGACCAUCGAACAGGAGGCGGAGGCGGAAACCGAGGAUGGCAACGGCGAAGUGGAUAGCGAUGAUCUGCCCACAACCGACGAGGUGCAUGCCACAAUGAAGCAGUUCCAUCUGCGCAAGUGCCAGCCCAGCCAGGACGAGGCAGCGCGUCGAGCCAAAAGCGCACGGAUUCGACGCCGAAACAAAGUAUCCCCAGAGGAGAGCGAAGCCGAAGUGGAGGGCAAGCACACUCGGGGUCGCUCCGCAGCCGUGACGCGCAAAGCUCAAUCGCCGCCCGACCCCCUCGAGCCUUGGAGCACGCGUGAAUUACAGGAUAUCAACAAAAUAUUGGCCAGAAAGAAUUGAUUUUGUUGUAGUCUAUAAAAAAAAGUGAAAUAAUUAAAAUACAAAAAUAAUAUAUGAGACAAUUUUGUGAAUGCUUUCAAAUGAGUUGUGUUUUGCAAAUUUACUUUCAUUAAAUACAAAUAUUUAACUAUACAAAUACAAUAUAUCAUAUAUAAU